UUUCAUGUGCAAGAUUGUAGAUGUUGGGCUGCCUGUGGUCAAUGCUAGUAACAAAAUCAUAAUCUGUUAUCGUAAUUCGUAGUUUUUAAAUGCGUGGGAUUCCUGUGUCUUCUUUAUCAUAUUCAACCUGUUGCAGGUGGGAGAGGAUAGCACAGAAAUCACGCCCUUGACAGGUGUCAAUCUUACUCACAAGACUGUAUCCUAGUAAGCACUCAACUAACGAUUUGAUAGUCUCGUCAGGAUCCUAAAAUUACAGCUGACACUWGGUGGAAAGAGAGUCAGAGCUCUAAAAUCGCAACCAAGAUAAAUGACAUCAUGGCUCUUAAUCUGAAACUCCAAACAACAGACUUUCUUUGUUUUUCGGGGGAGAAAUUUCAACAUUCAUGUCCUUUUUGUAACGAAAUUUCAUCCUCUUAUUUAAAUUUUCCUUCGACUUCGAGGAAUUCCGUUUAUCGUUGUUUAUUUUAUGUACAAAUUGUUCCUAAAUCUUUUCUAAUGGUAAGAUUACGAUUUGGGAGUUAUUUCGCCUAUGGUAAGGGUGGGAGUGUGUGUGGGAUCCAUCGCGGAUAAACUUCGUGGUGUUCUACGAAGACCAUCUCGGAGAAGCAAAAUUCUCGUUGCUUUUACAGCAAUUCUCGUAGGAAUUUUAGUCUGCAUUUUAAGACCUGCAGUCGACAUUGAGCCAAACGAGUCGUCGCCGAUAUCAAGAGACAGGCGAAGUCCAGUUAGUCACGUGGUUCAUGGGAAUGCUCAUUUGAAGUUCCCGGAUGAGUAUCAUUCUAUUGGUACUCUCUCGUUACCUUAUGGAGAUAUUGUGGAACCUUUUGAGGUCUGGUACUCGGGAUCUCGAGGCAUGAGCAGGAUUGAUUAUUAUGGAGGAAUGGAUCGUACUUAUCAACGCAGUGAUCUUGGUAAACAUGGAUUUGCCUGCAAGAUCGUACCAGAAUUCUCUGAACGAACAGGAAAAACCUUCAAAGGUUGUCUUCAUCGACGAGGAACCAAUAAAUACCCAAUCAAACCACAAAGCAUCGUUCCAUCCUUUCGAUUCUUUAAGUUUGCAGAACACGUUAAUUUCCGAGGAACGCCUUGUAUCAAAUGGAAACACAGUUUCAAAAUCUACAACAAGAUAAACACAUACACGCUGUACACGUCAAGGUCACUGCCGUACUCGCCUGUACGUUACGAGAUGAUGGGAUAUGACACGUUACUGUCCUCGUACUAUGAUCACUAUGUGCUGGAGUAUCAUACUUUUAAGCCCUGGUCGUUCAAUUACUCUAUUUUUGAAAUACCUACAGAUCUUAAAUGCUUCGAUUUCUCUUCGAAUCACUUCGUGGGGGGCGUGAGUGAAAUCAACCCAAUGCUAGAGUUUAUGCCCCAUACCGAGGUGAAUGGCAAUUCCCCUGUGACGUCRCCAAGCCCGAGACCCACACAACAGUCCAACCUGGACUCGACUGAAGACUCUUUGAARUUCCUAUUAGAAGAGUUACAAAAGAUGCCUGUAAAGACGAAGGAGACUUUAAGAGAUUUUACAACCAAGCCAACACGUGGACAAACAAUCAAGCCACACCCUAAGAGCCCAGGCCCCUCUGACCUAGUGAUACGUAAGAAGGUCCCGGAUAAGAAGAGUAGUUACCAGGCUACUUUGAAACAUUAUGAAGACAUUUUGAAUCAUCUGUUUGCUGGGUUCAAAAAGGAUUUUAAGAAAGAGUAUCGAUCAACACACGAGCAUGAAACAAGAAAAGAUAUUUACAGRCACAAUAUGAGGUUCAUAAAGUCUCGUAACCGUCAACACUUGACGUACAAGUUAAAGCCAAACCACAUGGCAGACUUGACCGCCAAGGAGAUUGAAAAGAGAAAAGGUMUACUUCACGAUACGAGUGACGGCAGUGGAAAUGGUGGGAAACCGUUCGUGCUGUCUGAGAAGGACAGAGGCGUGGCUUUACCUAAACACGUGGAUUGGAGAAAAGCGGGUGCAGUCAGUCAUGUCAAGAGUCAAGGUAUCUGUGGUUCAUGUUACGCGUUUGCUGUGGCUGGCGCUUUGGAAGGCGCAUAUUUUAUCAAGACCGGCACUCGAUUGAAUCUUUCARAGCAACAAAUCGUUGACUGCACAUGGGGUUUUGGUAACAGAGGGUGUAAAGGAGGCUAUCCCUAUAGAGCCAUGCAGUGGAUACUGAAACAUGGUGGACUGUCUACCACAGAGAGUUAUGGAAAAUACUUAGCACAGGAGGGUUACUGUCACUUUAAGAACACAACAGUCGGUGCUCAGAUYGACACAUACAUGAAUAUAAUCAAGGGAAACAUACCAGAGCUCAAGAAGGCUGUGGCUUUCUAUGGACCAGUCACAAUCCUCAUCAACACGCAGCCCAAAUCUUUCAAGUUCUAUGGCUCAGGGGUUUAUUAUGACCCUCAAUGUACGCAUGCGCUGGACCACGCCGCACUUGCAGUAGGAUAUGGUGUAGAGAAAGGCGUACCGUACUGGCUGGUGAAGAAUUCCUGGUCAGAAGUCUGGGGAGACAAAGGCUACAUCAAGAUCGCCAUGAAAGACGAUAACUGUGGUGUGGCGCAGAAGGCAGUCGUGAUAGACGCCAAACCAAGAUAGACG